AUGGUGGUUGCUAAUACUGGAGAGACUGUAACGUUACUCUACGAUGAUGCUUGCAACUCAUCUCAACUCAGUGUCAAUUCUACCUCAACCUCAAACGAUCUCUUCACCGAACAACUAUCGGAUUCUACAACAACCCCAGCGUCGACAGACUCACCUCUCCCCACUAAGACAAUUGAUCUCUUCACCGAGCAACUAUUUGAUUCUACCUCAACCCCAGCGUCGACAGACUCACCUCUCCCCACUAAGACAAUUGAUCUCUUCACCGAACAACUAUUUGAUUCUACCUCAACCCCAGCGUCGACAGACUCACCUCUCCCCACUAAGACAAUUGAUCUCUUCACCGAACAACUAUUCGAUUUCACCUCAACCCCAGCGUCGACAGAAUCACCUCUCCCCACUAAGACAAUUGAUCUCUCCACUGAACAACUAUUCGAUUCUACCUCAACUCCAGCGUCGAUGGAAUCACCUCUCCCCACUAAGACAAUUGAUCUCGUCACCGAACAACUAUUCGAUUCUACCUCAACUCCAGCGUCGAUGGAAUCACCUCUCCCCACUAAGACAAUUGAUCUCUUCACCGAACAACUAUUCGAUUCUACCUCAACCCCAGCGUCGAUGGAAUCACCUCUCCCCACUAAGACAAUUGAUCUCUUCACCGAACAACUAUUCGAUUCUACCUCAACUCCAGCGUCGAUGGAAUCACCUCUCCCCACUAAGACAAUUGAUCUCGUCACCGAACAACUAUUUGAUUCUACCUCAACCCCAGCGUCGACAGAAUCACCUCUCCCCACUAUGACAAUUGAUCUCUUCACUGAACAACUAUUCGAUUCUACCUCAACCCCAGCGUCGACAGAAUCACCUCUCCCCACUAUGACAAUUGAUCUCGUCACCGAACAACUAUUCGAUUCUACCUCAACCCCAGCGUCGACAGAAUCACCUCUCCCCACUAUGACAAGUGAUCUCGUCACCGAACAACUAUUUGAUUCUACCUCAACUCCACCGUCGACAGAAUCACCUCUCCCCACUAUGACAAUUGAUCUCUUCACCGAACAACUAUUUGAUUCUACCUCAACUCCACCGUCGACAGAAUCACCUCUCCCCACUAUGACAAUUGAUCUCGUCACCGAACAACUAUUUGAUUCUACCUCAACCCCAGCGUCGACAGAAUCACCUCUCCCCACUAUGACAAUUGAUCUCUUCACUGAACAACUAUUCGAUUCUACCUCAACCCCAGCGUCGACAGAAUCACCUCUCCCCACUAUGACAAGUGAUCUCGUCACCGAACAACUAUUUGAUUCUACCUCAACCCCAGCGUCGACAGAAUCACCUCUCCCCACUAAGACAAUUGAUCUCUUCACUGAACAACUAUUCGAUUCUACCUCAACUCCAGCGUCGACAGAAUCACCUCUCCCCACUAUGACAAUUGAUCUCGUCACCGAACAACUAUUCGAUUCUACCUCAACCCCAGCGUCGACAGAAUCACCUCUCCCCACUAUGACAAGUGAUCUCGUCACCGAACAACUAUUUGAUUCUACCUCAACUCCACCGUCGACAGAAUCACCUCUCCCCACUAUGACAAUUGAUCUCUUCACCGAACAACUAUUUGAUUCUACCUCAACUCCACCGUCGACAGAAUCACCUCUCCCCACUAUGACAAUUGAUCUCGUCACCGAACAACUAUUUGAUUCUACCUCAACCCCAGCGUCGACAGAAUCACCUCUCCCCACUAUGACAAUUGAUCUCUUCACUGAACAACUAUUCGAUUCUACCUCAACCCCAGCGUCGACAGAAUCACCUCUCCCCACUAUGACAAGUGAUCUCGUCACCGAACAACUAUUCGAUUCUACCUCAACCCCAGCGUCGACAGAAUCACCUCUCCCCACUAUGACAAGUGAUCUCGUCACCGAACAACUUUUGGAUUCUACCUCAACCCCAGCGUCGACAGAAUCAUCUCUCCCUACUAAGGCAACGAAUGUACACACCGAACAACUAUUCAAUUCUACCUCAACCCCAGCGUCAACAGAAUCAUAUCUCACCACUCUGAUAAAGGAGCUACGCACCGAACAGCUAUUGAAUUCUACAUCAGCACCAGCGUCGACAGAAUCAUCACUCCCCACUAAAACAACGAAUCCUCACACUGAACAACUAUUCGAUUCUACAUCAACUCCAGCGUCGACAGAGUCAUCUCUCGCCACUAAGACAAAGGAUCCACACACCGAACAAAUAUUCGAUUUUACAUCAGUCCCAGCGUCGACAGAAUCAUCUCUCCCUACUAAGACACAGGGUAUACGCACCGAACAACUACUCGAUUCUACAUCAACCCCAGCGUCGACUGAAUCAUACCUCACCAAUCUGAUAAAGGAGCUACGCACUGAUCAGCUAUUGAAUUCUACAUCAAGAACAGCGUCGACAAAAUCAUCUCUUACCACUCUGAUAAAGGAGCUACGCACCGAACAUUUAUUGAAUUCUACAUCAGCAUCAGCGUCGACAGAAUCAUCUCCCCCUACUAAGACAACGGAUCUACACACCGAACAACUAUUUGAUUCUUCAUCAACCCCAGCGUCAACUGAAUCAUACCUCACCAAUCUGAUAAAGGAGCUACGCACUGAUCAGCUAUUGAAUUCUACAUCAAGAACAGCGUCGACAAAAUCAUCUCUUACCACUCUGAUAAAGGAGCUACGCACCGAACAUUUAUUGAAUUCUACAUCAGCAUCAGCGUCGACAGAAUCAUAUCCCCCUACUAAGACAACGGAUCUUCACACCGAACAACUAUUUGAUUCUUCAUCUACCCCAGUGUCGACUGAAUCAUCUCUCACCACUAAGACAACGGAUCUACACACCGAACAACUACUUGAUUCUACAUCAACCCAAGCGUCGACAAAAUCAUAUCUCACCACUCUGUUAAAUGAGCUACGCACCGAAAAACCUUUCGAUUCUACAUCUACCCCAGGGUCGACAGAAUCAUAUCUCACCACUAAGACAAAGGAUCCACGCACCGGACAACUACUUGAUUCUACAUCGACACCAGCGUCGACAGAAUCAUCUCUUCACACUAAGACAAAGGAUCCGCUCGGCUUUAAGUCUACAUCUGUUCUAUUUUCUUCAUCAGUUAAACUUGCGCCUGCCCUAAUAAUUGUCAUCACUAGUUCCAUCAUUGUAAUGGUUCUCGCUUGA